GCAGGCGCUCCAGAGGCCUUUUGAACUCCUUCGGCCACCGUCGCCUGGUCUUUCGGGCUUACUCAUUCUGCGCCUGCGCACUGCUAGAUCGCAGGUCGUGCGUCCCUCAGCCGGGAAGGACGCGUUCAGGUUGGCAUACCCAUCAAGAACAGUGACUACCAUGGCUUCCAGUGCUUUGGCCAAACCUCAGAUGCGUGGCCUCUUGGCCAGGCGCCUGCGGAUUCACAUUGUUGGAGCAUUUGUUGUAUCCCUGGGGGUUGCAGCUUUCUAUAAGUAUGCUGUGGCUGAACCAAGAAAGAAGGCAUAUGCAGAUUUCUACAGAAAUUAUGAUUCUGUGAAAUAUUUUGAGGAGAUGAGGAAGGCUGGUGUCUUUCAGAGCGUAAAGUAAUUUUGGAAUAUAAAGAAUUUCUUUGGGCUGAUUAACAUAGACGUUUGUCACUGACCCGUGUUCCUGAGCUAUGAAUAUGAGUGAUAAAUAAACUAUUAAUAAAUUUUUUUGUCAGUUAUUCUUAUUAACAAUUCAGGACACUUAAAAGCAUCAGAAUUGGUUGGGAUUUCCCCCCCUCUUUAAAAUUUCAGAUUAAUUUGAGGGUACAGAUGAGUAGGUUACACUGUGUUUGUUUGUUUGUUUUUUUUUUUUUUUGUGAGGCAGUCUCACUUUGUCGCCAUUGAUAGAGUGCCAUGGGGUCAUAGAUAGUUCACAGCAAUCUCAAGCUCUUGGGCUCAAAAUGAUUCUCUUGCCUCAGCCUCCCACGUAGCUGGGACUGCAUGCUCCCGCUACAAUGCUCUCCUAUUUUUAGAGAUGAGUUCUUACUCUGGCUUAGGCUGGACUGGAACCUGUGAGCUUAGGCAGGCCACCUGCCUCAGCCUCCCAGAGUACUAGGAUUAUAGGCGUGAACCACCGUGCCCGGCUACUGUUUGUGUUUAAGUUCAAGUUGUAGUAGCCCUUCACCCAGGGGGUGUGCUGUGUACCCUUACAUCACC